GCCAAGCUGGUAGGCUAGCCAUAUAUUUCAAAAUCUUCAUUAGGGAAAGAACGUAAGAUAAGAGAGAGUUCUUUGCAGAGAAAAAGAGAAGAUUUUAGUUUUCAUUCGGCUAUGGCUACAAAAGGGUUCUUGAUUUAUCUGUUUGCAGGUUUUUCUGUGGCGGUUCUAUCAGUUUUCUUUGUCCAGAACUUCCAAGAUGGAAAAUUUACACCAAAAUUAUAUCAAAGUUCUAAUCUUUUGCAACGACCCAUUGGAUCUGAAGACAAAGUUUGGCCGGAACUGAAAUUUAGUUGGAGAAUUGUUGUGGCAACAAUAAUAGGAUUUUUGGGGUCAGCUUGUGGUACUGUAGGAGGUGUUGGUGGAGGCGGCAUUUUUGUUCCUAUGCUUACUUUGCUUCUUGGGUUUGAUACAAAAUCUGCUGCUGCUCUUUCCAAAUGUAUGAUAAUGGGGGCAUCAGCAUCAUCAGUAUGGUACAAUUUGAGGGUACCACAUCCAUGCAGAGAAGUACCUAUACUUGAUUAUGAUUUGGCUCUAUUAUUUCAGCCUAUGCUCAUGUUUGGCAUCACACUUGGUGUUUCUCUAAGUGUUGUCUUCCCCUACUGGCUCAUCACUGUCCUCAUCAUCAUCCUCUUUAUGGGGACUUCAUCAAGAUCAUUUUUUAAAGCAAUUGAGAUGUGGAAAGAAGAAACUAUUCUCAAGAAAUCAAUGGAAGAAGUUCCAGUAAAUUCACGUGGUGAACUUAUUGUUAUUGAUACAAUGUAUGAGCCACUGGUCCCUAGGGAGGAGAAAACACCGCUGGAAAUUUUUAAGUUCAACCUUAAUUUGAAGAGAAUUCUGGUGCUCUUUGUUGUAUGGUUCAUAUUUCUACUUCUUCAAGUGUUUAAGAACAAUCUAGUGGCUUGUACUCCAUUUUACUGGGUGCUCAACUUACUACAGUUCCCAGUAGCAUUUGCAGUGUUUGGGUAUGAAUGUGCGAAAUUGUACAAGGAAAGCAAGAAGAGGAGAUUAGAAGGGAAUACACAGUCAAUAUGUGAGGCUGACAUUCAAUGGACUGCCACAAACCUUAUCUUCUGUGCCCUUUGUGGCAUAUUGGGAGGCACUGUUGGAGGAUUGCUAGGAUCUGGUGGUGGAUUCAUUCUUGGCCCUCUUCUUCUUGAGAUUGGAGUUAUCCCUCAGGUAGCUAGUGCAACAGCAACAUUUGUGAUGAUGUUCUCAUCAUCUUUAUCAGUGGUAGAGUUUUAUCUCCUCAAGAGAUUCCCAAUGCCUUAUGCUCUAUAUCUCAUGAGUGUAUCUAUUCUUGCUGGCUUUUGGGGACAAUGCUUCAUUAGAAAACUUAUCGCAAUCUUAAAGAGAGCAUCACUCAUUGUAUUCAUACUCUCUGGUGUCAUUUUCGCCAGCGCUCUAACAAUGGGGGUGAUAGGGAUAGAGAAGAGCAUCAGUAUGAUACAGAACCAUGAGUUCAUGGGAUUCUUGGAUUUCUGCAGCAGUCAAUAAUUUGUGUAUUUCCAACUAGCAAAUUAUUGGUGGACAAGAAUGGCACAGUUCAGUAAAGACUAUAAAAACAUACAUGUAAAGAGUAGCUGCAGCAGCAGCAGCAGCAGCAGCAGCAGAAGGGAUGGUGGCCAAUACAUUAUUGAACCAACCAUUUCAAGAAGUCAUUUUACUAUAAGAUAAAAGUAUAGAAUGUCAUUUGAAAAUGUGGUAAUUUGCCUGAGUGUUAGCUAGCGCUAACGCCAGCAUCCUCCGCCAUUUUUUCCAUUUGCUUUUAGUCAGUUAUACAGUAAGACGUUUCGUGUCAAUGUGGCUAUAAUGUCCGUGAGUUAGCUAGCGCUAACGCCGGCCAAUGCCACCUCUAUUACCAUUUUUUGUCGUGAAAUCUUUGUUCUUGAUCUAAGUUGUAUCUGAGUGUUAGCUAGCGCUAACACCAGCAUAUUUCUAUGGUUUGUAUCUGAGUGUUAGCUAGCGCUAACACCAGCAUUAUAUCAAUUUGGUUAAUUCUUGUGUAUGUCUAUGGUUCUGUUUGAGGGUUAGCUAGCGCUAACGCCAACAGUCCAACACCAAUACCAUUUGUAUUUCGCGAUGUUAUAGUGGUCACUUCACUUGUUUUGCAAUGAAGUUUGUGAUUCUUUCUAUUAA